CCCUCCAGCCGGGAUCCCCAGCUCCCGCGCUCAGGUGCCACCUCUGGGAAGGUGACCCGCAGCCCUGGUACCACCCGAUCCCUUUCCGGCCGGAAGCACCCCGCAGGUCGGACCGGAAGAGGCGCCUCAACUCUGAGAUGUGACAAAGGAAGUCCCGCCUCUGCCGCGCGACAGACUCCGUGGAUGCCACCGAGCUCUGAGCCGGUCUCGCAGGGGCGGGCAGAUUUGGUUCUGGAGCUGCCAUGAUUGAAGUGGUAGCUGAGCUGAGCCGAGGUCCUGUAUUUCUGGCCGGGGAGGCUCUGGAAUGUGUGGUGACUGUUACUAAUCCCCUGCCCCCGACCGCCACUUCUGCAUCCAGUGAGGCUCUGGCCUGGGCCAGUGCCCAGAUCCACUGCCAGUUCCAUGCCAGCGAGAGUCGAGUAGCACUGCCACCCCCUGACUCUAGUCAGCCAGAUGUCCAGCCUGACAGCCAGACUGUCUUCCUGCCGCACCGAGGUGAGAGGGGCCAGUGUAUCCUGUCUACUCCACCAAAAAUUCUGUUCUGUGACCUGAGGCUAGACCCUGGAGAGUCCAAAUCAUACUCCUACAGUGAAGUGCUGCCCACAGAGGGGCCACCUUCCUUUCGGGGUCAGUCAGUCAAGUAUGUCUACAAAUUGACCAUUGGCUGCCAGCGUGUCAACUCACCCAUCACUUUACUCCGAGUCCCUUUGAGAGUUCUCGUGCUGACUGGUCUUCAAGAUGUCCACUUUCCCCAGGAUGAGGCUGUGGCUCCAUCCAGUCCAUUCUUAGAGGAGGACGACAGUGGGAAGAAGGAUUCAUGGCUGGCUGAGCUAGCGGGCGAGCGCCUCAUGGCCGCUACAUCCUGCCGCAGCCUCCAUCUGUAUAAUAUCAGCGAUGGCCGAGGGAAAGUUGGGACAUUUGGUAUCUUCAAAUCUGUGUACAGACUCGGCGAGGACGUGGUGGGGACCUUAAACUUAGGGGAAGGAACUGUAGCUUGUCUGCAGUUUUCAGUAAGCUUGCAAACUGAAGAGCGGGUACAGCCUGAAUACCAGCGACGCCGUGGGACCGGAGUUGCCCCUUCUGUGUCUCAUGUGACUCAUGCCCGGCACCAGGAGUCCUGCCUACAUACAACCAGAACCAGCUUCUCUCUCCCCAUCCCUCUAUGCUCUACCCCUGGCUUCUGCACUGCCAUUGUGUCCUUGAAGUGGCGAUUACAUUUUGAAUUUGUAACAUCCCGAGAACCAGGAUUGGUGCUUCUGCCUCCAUUGGAGCAGCCCGAGCCUGCAACCUGGACAGGACCUGAACAGGUGCCUGUAGACACCUUCAGCUGGGACCUCCCCAUCAAAGUGCUUCCUACAAGCCCCACCCUGGUCUCAUAUGCUGCCCCAGGCCCUAGCACCAGCAGUAUAACUAUCUGAAACUGGCUCGCAUGCCCACCAUGGCAAGAAACUGAGAACUCGACACCUGGACUCCAGUGGGGCCACUUUCCCACCUGGGGCCCUGUAGCAAGGCAGUGGGGAACGGACUUACAGCUGUAGCAUUAAUUUAUUUAUUUGGAGGAAGUAGGCAGCUGCUAGUGGUUUCCCUGGAAGUGGCAGCAGCAGUGAGCUUUCAGCAGAUGGGUGAGCCUUUAGCUGGAGUGGGGGGCAGGAGCCCCACGAGCAGGGGUGUUAGCCGAGCCCCAUUCUAAGUCAGGUCCUCCCCCUUUGCAGGGCAGCCGAGGGUCAGCUUUUUGCACCAGGGAAAACUGACAGGUUCCGGCCUCCUGUUGCAGUUCACACCCAGCAGGGAAGUCAAUGGGAUGCUGAGACCUAGUGAACCAAAGACUGGAAGUCAGUACAGUAAAAAGCCACCUUUAGGGGCCUGCCCUUCCCACUCAGCCAUCCUCCCACACCCUCUUUUAGUGUCCCAGCAUCCCUAGCUAAGCUCUCUACUCCCACAUAAGGACCCUCUAGUGUUCCCAAGCAGGACUUUUUCCCUGCGGAUCUACCUCGACUCCCCUCUUGGUGCCUUCACAUUUGCAUCUCGUGAUGCCCUUCUGUUUACUCUCGCCUCACAGAAAUCUAAGGACUCCCUGGCCAUCCCUUAGGCACACCAGAGGUGUUCCCUCUGGCCACUCUUGGCUACUCACGUGUCACAGCAGCCCACACCAACAGGAUGCAGACAGGUACAAUGGAAGCAGUCCUUGCGGAGCCAAGAUUCACCCAGAGUGAAAUAUUUACCCUCGUACUGGCAGGGAGCUAGGGAAGGAUGAGAACUGUGUUAGCAGAUGAGAACUGGAGUGUUGGCAGAAGUCUCUUCUGGUCUGGGGUAGAGGAUAAUCCAUGCAUACUACCCCUCCAUACAGCCUUCCUGUUUCACAGGUUGAAGGCCUGAAUGUUCUAACCCAAGGUUGGGCAUCUCUAAGCCUUCACCACUGCCCUUCCCUUUCCCUUUAGCAUCAGCCCACCUUACCUUGAGCUUGGAAGUAGCACUUGCUGUUGACUCCUGGGUGCUGCAGGACCAGGGACACCACCAAGCAGAUGACCCUCCAGCCUCCCAGGAUCCCCUUGGCCUGUCCAGCCCAGAGUAUCCUUAGAGCCAUUCCUGCAGCUCAGCUCUCAGACCCGCCUUGGCUUCUGUUCAGAUUCCUCUGGUUUUAUCCCCUCGCUCUUCUUGCCUUGCUCCUGGCCUCCUGAGUUUCUCUCUCCUUGGACUCCUGACUCACACCAUGGCAGUGCCCUCUGCUCUUACAGGCUGGGAAUGUUUAUAAAGUGGGGACCCUGGUCCCCUGCUGAGUAGAGCCGGACAGGCUGUAACUCUGUUUCCUGAGGUGAGGGCAUGAAAACAAGAGGUCCGGCUUUUAACAAGCUGUGAGAGCUGAUUCAUGCCCCCACACAGCUAGGAGGAGGGAGGCAGCCAUGCAAGGGGCACUGGACUGGGCACUAAUACAGCCAGGAGGGGAGGGGUGAAGGCCCCAGGUGGUCCCCAGAUCUCCUUGACCUGCAGAGAGGAAGCAUUCCAUCAACCCUCCUUCCACCAGCAACAGGGGUGUGUGUGCUGGGAUCCCUGCCUGAACCGGAGGGAGGCAUUUCCUGGGGAUGGCGAAUCCUGUGCCCCAGCCAAACCAAGGAGCUGCAGAAGGGUGCAACUGCCAGUCUCCAGGAGAGCAGGCAGGCAUCUGGAAUGGAGAGUUUCCUUCACAUCCCAGGGCAGGGUUUCCCUGGUGCACUGUGAGGAAAGGGGUUCAUCCAUAGGCACCCCAAAUUUUGCAUUUUUACCCCAAGUGGACAACAGAUGCAAGAUCGUCCCAUUCCUGACAGUGCUUCUGCACCCCCCCAAGAGAAGUAUCUCCAAAUACCUUAAUGGAUGUCACCCCACUUCACAGAGAUGCCCCCUCUUUCCUCAUGAUGGGAGCUUUCUAACGUCCGAGUUUCCACAGGCUCUGCAGGAGUGCUGGGCUUCAGUGCCUGCCCACUGGCUGUCUGGCCAUGCACAGGGCACUUCACCUGCCACCCCGCUUCCUCACCGUAUUGAGAGUAGACGUGCCAGCUCUUGGGCUUGUGAGAUAGAUAGCAUGUGGGAUGUUCUUAACACCAUUGCUGGCCCAUGGCCCUCAGAAAAUAGCCGCUGACGGAGGCUAAAGCUCAGGCAAAAACGAUGUUCUUUCCUCUGGAUGGCAGUAAGUAGCUCUGUACAGCUGAGGGCUUCUGGUGUGGGCUCCCGGGUCCAGCUUCUGCCUUCACAUGUAUGCUUCAAGGUAUCCCUACUGCCUCCUUCAAAGACCUGUGUGGUCCUGGGAGCAUUUUAGAUCCAGUCUUUGACAUGUGGGUUGAAAGGUGGUGUUGACAAAUCUGUGUUUCCAUACCUUGGGAAGAGGGAUCAUGCCGUACCCUCCCUUCAGCUAACUUUAGGACUCUUUUUCUUAUUUGGAUUCUGACUUCCUUCUCAUCCCCUCAUGUGCACUCCAAGUCUCCUUUGUGACUACUUUGUGACCCUGGACUUUUGUUCUACCUUCCGGAGUCCCCAGUGUUGUUCGGUUCUUCCUUUCCUACUCCUAGGACGUUUACUGCGGUUUUCCAUCCAUGCCUGCGGUCCCGUUCACCCCUCGUUCACCCCUCGCUUUACUCAUCUAGCACAGCAGAUACAUCUUACUAAUGGCAGACCUUUUCAGGAGCCCCCUGCUUGUCACCUCUUCAUUCAGCUGCUACUGUCACGUCAGCCCACCUCUGGGAUGCCUUUUGCAUUGGCUAGGGAUGUAGUUGGGUGACAGUGUUUACCAUCUAGUGUCCCAGGUUCCACCCCUAACACCCUCCCCCCCAUUAAGUGGAAGAAAACAAGUGUUUUUUCAGAUUGAUAUCAAGAUAAGAACAAAGGAAAACUUAGGACACCUAGGUAGGCUCCUGGGAGCCUGGAGGGGAGAACACAGCUUCGACUCCUUGCUGUCUUGGCUGGAGAAGGGAUUAGCAGUCUGCUUAGUAGUGAGCUCUGCCACUGCCUUGGGGGAACCCACCUGAAGGCCGAGCAUAGACCAUUUUCUGCAGUAGCUCGACACAAUGCACGUGAGGCUAGAGAUCCCGGAGGCAGAAGAGGCACUGGAAGUGAGACCUGGUAGGCAUUAGUGUCUGAGAGGUGCGGGUGAAGGCGUGUAGCUGUGGGGACUUCUGGAAGGAGGCAGAGGCCGAGCAGAAUUCCUCUCUGAGGUCAUAGGGCAGUGGGGAACUGGCUGAUGACCUGGCAGUGGUGUGUGCAGAGGCAUCAGUGGUUAGAGCCCAGCCCACUGAGUCCCAGGGGAGUAGCCUUUGGGGCAAGGGGCAGGACAGGGUCAGGGUGAGGGUUGGCACAGGCCACCUAUGCAGGGACAAGGAAAACAUCCGCCAGCGCUGGGCCAGACUGUUCCAGCAGUGCAGGCAGGUGCGCACGCAGGGCAAGGAAGUGAGCACAUUCCGGGGCUGAGUCAGCCCAACCCGGCUUGCUUUGCCCAAAUGGGACAGAGCACUGUGUUUGGAGAUGGUGGCUCAGGGAGGUUUGGGGACAAGAGCCCAAAGAAAUCAUGAGAGGGACUGCUUUCUGCCCAGCUGGCAACAAACUGCAGAGCCCCUAAAUUCAUAGCUCGAGACUGAGUAGGCAGUGAGGCAGGCAGGUUAGAGCUGAGAGGCUUGAGAGGAAGGGCAGAGGAAAGGCCCUCCAGAGUCUUGCUGGAGUGGAGGAUCCAGGGAAGCCGAGGCAGGUGGUGAGGCCUCUGAGAAUAAGGAGUUCACCAUCCAUGCAAGUCAGAGGGUAUGACAGCCCAGCUAGGUCUGCCAGGGGCCGGUGUGAAGGAAGGGCUCCAGGGAGUGUCAGGGGUUAGAUUAUUUGGAUCUUUGCAGUACUUCCUGGGUCUAAAGAGGCUUUCUGUGCUGGAAUAGUUGUUCGGGUUUCUCAGGUAAACUGGAGCCAUGUUGGUCUAUGACCACAAAGAUAGUGGAUGGUGUAGUAACAAAGUCCUGUGUCUCCCAUUACCCAACCUGCCACCCACUACCCCUCGCCCAAGCCCCCAAAGGAAGGCUAUCACUGAUAGGGCUGUGUCCAUAUACCUAUCCCAACAGAGAAGCAGGAGUGUUGCCCCAAGUAUGAGGACCAGGUGGGGCUAUAGAGUGAGACCCUAUUUUAAAAACAAUUUGCUCUUACUAAACCUUAAAAUUUUGAAUAAAGAUUGAAAAAUCA